CUCUCAUGGGAGCAGAAGAAUCACAGCACAGCACAGUUUCUGGACUAUAAUGUUUGGGAAACGAAUGAGUCCACUCGGAUCUGAGGAGGAAAUGUUCUUUUACUUUUUCUGACGCUCAUCUGCAGGAAUAAAAGACAUGCACUUUUCAACUACAGCCUGCCUGUACGGACAUGUAUUUUUAUCUACUUCGGCAUUAUCAAACAAGACCGCAGACAGACUUUGUCAGAAAUAAGUUUGUUGAAAGAUAAUCAUGUCGUCGAUGUUCGGGAAAGUGAAGCAGGGUAACUCAGCGGCAGCAGUAGCAGCUCCUGACAGAAGUCCAGCCGACUGUAACCUGGUGCUGCUCGGUGUGAUGGGCUCCGGGAAAUCAGCACUGACUGUCAAAUUCCUCACAAAGCGCUUCAUCAGUGAAUAUGACCCCUAUCUAGAGGACAUCUAUUCAACAGAAGAGAUUGUGGACCAGCAGCCAGUCACAGUGAGAGUGAUGGACACCUGUGACCAGGAGGGUCCAGUGAACAGCGAGCGCUAUCUGACAUGGGCCAGUGCCUUCCUUGUGGUCUACAGCAUCGACAACAUGGAGAGCUUUAAAGGCUGCCAGCUAUACCUGCAGACGCUCGCCCUGCACAACAAAACCUUCAAGCCACAAACGCCCAUCAUCCUGCUGGGGAGCAAGCUGGACAUGGACAGAUACAGGCAGGUGAGUCAGUGUGACGCCGAGGCCCUGGCGUCUCGUUUUGGCUGUUUGUUCUUCGAGGUGUCGGCCUGUCUGGACUUCCGCUCCGUGCAGCAUGUCUUCUACGAGGCGGUGAGGAGGGCGAGGCGGGGCGGAGAGCGCAGCCGUCUGGUACCGGCCGUCUACAUCAGCGAGGACAAAGCGCUGCUCGGCGUCCCGUCGUUCACCACCCCCUGCUACAAGGAGCUGCCGGCCCCCGCCACCGCCAAGCUGGUCACCGUGAAGACGUCCAGAGCUCAGAGCAAACGGAGGGCCGCCACGCUCACCCUGCUCAAAGGCUUUAAGAUCUUCUGAUACCUUCUGACCCCUCCACCAUGUCCACUGAUAAUGUCAUAUUUAUUAGAUACUCUGAGCUAGAAAGUGGGUGGACACAAUAACAUGAACAGCUACACAGCAGGGCAAUAGCCCACAGACUGGUGGCAAUUUCAGCGAGGCAACAACCUGAGGAAGAGGAACAAACAGAGAAACAAAAAUACAGACGUUGUUUUCCCCAUUUCAAUUUGUUCUGAACACAGAAAAACUGGACUCUGCUCCACAACUGAACCAUCCUACAGAAUAAUGUUCAGAACACCAGUUUGAAUUAUUCACACUUUGUUUCUGAAAAAUAACCUUUCCUUCAUCAUUUGGAUGGACGGCACGAAAAAAAAAAGCAGAGAAAAUGAAUAUGAAACCCACCACCUGACACCUGACAGGCAGGUAAAACCAUCCACAGAGCAAACGUGGGUCACUCCCAUGUCCAGGUUGACAAACACACAGUUAGGGUGUGGGGACUCAGUGGGGGAGUUGAAGGGGGUGUAGAUGGAGAGAAGAGAGUCAAAGAUACUGUUUAAGCUGAGAGGGACAGGUGCAUGCAGGUAGUUAGGUAUUGUAGUUUGGCUGCUGAUCUGAGCGCUCAGGGCUGCAGCAGCGACUCACAGCUCCUCAGAGUCAAAGAUGAACACGCAGACAUCAUACACAUCAUUUUAGAUUCAGUGUGAUUCAAGUACACUUUCCGAUUUCAUUAUCUCUGAUGUCCAUAACAAAUAAGCACCCAUACAUCAGAGUAAAAGGACACUCCUUAUAACUGCAGAACUUGUAAUCCAGUGCUAGCUUUCUGUACAUCCUGUUGUGACAAGAAGUCACAGCUUCUGACUGUCUUUAGCUCAAUCUGAUUCUCAGUCAGCUUGUUUUGUUGCUGGUCUAAAUGGUUUCAUUCAGUGCAGUACCAACGUUUUCCAGUCUGUAAGAUUUCAGCUCGGGUGGUAAAGCCUGCCUAAGCUGAUAUGUAGGCCUCCACACCGUGUUUAAGAUAAGACCCAAGAGCUGUCACGUGACAGAUGACAUUGGGUCUUUAUAUGAACUACACAGUUACACUAACAUUGUAAUAUUACUAUGAUAUAGUUCAGUGUGUUUGUGUGUGGAAUAUAUACAGCCUCCUCUGAGUCACCACGCUGCCUCCUGUGUUUGCUUUCCUGCUGCUUACAUUACCAUGUUAUUAUUAUUCCUGAUCAUGUAAAUGUUUGACAGUUUAUCUUUGGUACUGAAACCUUUGUAGAAAAUUAAUGGGCUUUAACGUGGGCUCAAAGCCUCAGUCUGCUUCAAACAAAGUGCUGGUCGGGUCGUCUUUCUGGGUCUGAAACUCUUAUCAGCUUUUGUAACUAUUCAUAACAACAAUACAAUCUUACAUCAUACUGAUUCUCUGCAGUGACUGGUCAGCUGUGUGGCGCUGUGAAAGAGGGCGGGGUCUUUACUUCUCUCUCUUAUUCAUUCUUGAUUCAACUCUGUCCCAGUGUAGAGCUGGUCCAAAUUAAACACUCUAAACAUCUUUUUCUCACUGUUUCAAGACUUUCUCUCAACAAAACAGAGCUUCUCUAAAAGCAAAUAAAUCUUUUGGAAAACUGAGACUUUAUAAGAUCUAAGUUGCUCAGUGAGGGUCGACUGUGAGACAGUAGAAGACAACAUGUAGUCACCUCUCAUACAUCGGUUUAAAUGUCGAUCUAUAUGAUCACAAAGCAGAGCUGCUGUCAUUAACAGUGUUGGGCAAGUUACUCAGAAAUUGUAAUAAAUUUGUUACUUAUUACUCCUCAAAGAAGUAAUAAUAUUACUUUAGUUAUUACUGAGUGAUAAAAGUAGUUAUGUUACUCCGUUACUUUACUAGACUGGAUAAAUCACAAUCUGCAACUGGAUAUUGGACGUCCUCACAAACAGACCCCAUUCAGUUAGCAUUAGUGGUCACACCUCCUCCACUCUAGUGCUCCACACCAGAGCCCCCCAGGGCCAAGCACAAAGUUGUUAUUCAUGUGCAGGUGUUUGUUAAACCAAAACACAUUCUGACUUCACAUAUGGAAACUUGGUCAAGACCACUUAAGCAUCGAUUUUAAAGGCCCUGGGUACCCCUUUAGUGCUGUUUUGGUUUUGUCUCCGCGGUGAAGUUAGCAAUAUAAUGUCAGGUUAGAGUAGUGAGUGUUGUGAAAUGGUUGCAGUUUGGCUAGGCAACAUAACUACUUUGUUUGGUUUAGGAAAAUUAUGGUUUGGGAUAAAAUAAGCAUAUUAGUUACAGAAGUUACGUUAAGUAACAUAACCUACGUAAGUUACGUAGCUUAAAUGAAAAAGAAUCAAUGCUGACAAGCACUUCUGACCACAGCUGGAUCAGCUGUCAGUCACUGAUGGAGUUUGUGUCGGUACACUGUGCUGAUACUAAUAAACGCACACAUUUAUCACUGCCAGAGCUGCAUGUUUUCUCUCUGUAGCUGUUACCCGUUUAACACCUGCACAUGAAGCAUUGUAUUAAACCCUGUUUCCUGCUCAGAGGCACAGGGUCUUGUCUACUGACAGAAUGCCUUAAUAUGAUUUAUUCAUUAUUUGCAUCUAUAUUUAUUGAUAUUUCGAUUGUGAACUCAUUAGGCCUAUUGAAUAUGAUCAUGGUGUCUUUUGAUCACUGGAAUGAUUUAUUAGGCUAAAUGUUUCAGGGGAAAUUAAAAUAAUGUAGAUCUAACUCAUAUCAAAACCGAUACUCACGCCUCACACGACUGAAUGAAAAUAAUGAUAAAUGAUGUGUUUCUUGCUGACAGA